GUGGGCGUGGUCAACCCACGUGUCAUGUCUAAGAGGUACAGAAAACUCGACAUUCUAGGAGAAGGACAAUUUGCUACUGUAUACAGAGCAGAAGACACUGAACGAGAUAAUGCAAUAGUAGCCGUGAAGAAGAUAAAGAUAGGACAGAGAAGAGAAGCGAGGGAUGGCAUAAACAGGACAGCACUAAGAGAAAUCAAACUAUUACAAGAGUUACACCAUCCUCAUAUCUUAGGCUUACUGGACGUGCUGGGUCACAAGUCCAAUAUAAGUCUAAUAUUUGAUUUUAUGGACACUGAUCUUGAGAUGAUCAUCAAAGACAAGUCUCUUCUUCUUCCUCCAGGGGUUGUUAAAGCUUACAGUCUCAUGAUACUUCAAGGAUUAGAAUAUCUCCAUGCUCACUGGAUACUGCACAGAGACUUAAAACCAAACAAUCUACUAAUCAAUAAAGACGGGGUCUUAAAGAUAACUGAUUUCGGUCUUGCCAAAGCCUAUGGCAGCCCAAACAGAAUCAUGACCCACCAGGUGGUGACCAGGUGGUACCGGAGCCCCGAGCUAUUGUUUGGUGCUAGACUAUACAGCACUGGAGUUGACCUUUGGGCAGUCGGCUGCAUCAUUGCUGAAAUGUUGCUUCGUUUGCCUUUUCUCCCUGGAGAGACUGACCUCGGACAAUUGAGUACAAUAUUUGAGUUUUUUGGGAGCCCGAACGAAGAGAAUUGGCCCAGUGUGAAAUCCUUGCCGGAUUAUGUUGAGUUUAAGCCGUCUCCUCCACAGUCCUUUAGGGAUGUGUUUUCAGCAGCUGGAGAUGAUCUCAUUCACUUAUUAGAGUCUUGUAUGAAGCUGGAUCCAUCCAAAAGGUGUACAGCGUCUCAAGCUCUCCAAAGCAGUUACUUCAGUAAUCCGCCCGGUCCCACUCCAGGUCCUAGACUACCAAUGCCACGCUCUAGGAAGGAGAUUGAGGCUGAUAUUGAGCAUGAAAUAAUGGCGUCAAGGAAGAGGGCUCUUGAUGACAGUCAGGAGGGACAGAAAGUGGCAAAAAGACUUAAUUUUUAAUUCACAUACAUACAACUUUAAAAAAAUUAUUAUAAUAACAGGACAGAAUUAAUAUCUACUCUUUAGUCAGAAUGAAGUGCAGCAAUAAUUAAUGCAAAU